AUGAGUGCCAAAUGCCUUCGCGCCUUGGCCCGAGCUGAAACGGAGACAGCAGAAGCAGUGAUAAUAGCCAAAACCAUGGCAGGCCGCUUCUACGAACGUCCGAACGACCUGUACCUCAAGCCAAUGCACCUUGUCGACACAGCAUCAAUCCACUCCAGAACAGGGAGCAAUGCAAGCUACUAUAAUCCCGUCCCUCACGACAACAACCCAAACCAAAGUCAUUUAGACACCUCAGAACUCCACCACCUAGAAACCUACGACAACAACCUCAAACAGCGCAUCAGAAUCCUCAAACUCAUCAGUCGAAUCUCCGCAACAAUUCUCAGCGCCAUCACCUUCGGUUUCCUCCUAGCAACAAUCAUAAAAUUCCUGCUCACGAAAGACAUAUAUUUCGAAGUCGAUGGCGUCAAACGCACAGCCUGGGCCCACAACACAAUAACCUGGUACACAUACAUGUACUUCAGCAUCUCAGCCAUCUCCCUCCUCCUCAACACCCUCAUCCUCCUUGCGUACAUCCGCUCCAUCCGCGCCGCCAACCGCGUCUCAACAGCCUCAACAAUCUGGACCUGGGCCAUCACCAUCUCCCACAUCAGCAUCUGGAUCGCCUCGGUCGCAAUCUACCGGUACGGAAAAGAACCUGUAAAUGGCAAAUUCCGGGAUUUAUGGGGUUGGACGUGUUCUAGCACGGCGAAGGAACUCCAGGAUGUGUUGACGAGUGUCAACUUCCAGAGGUAUUGUAAUGUGCAGAGUUCCGGGUGGUAUAGUGGUUUGGCGAAUGUUGGGAUGGGGGUUCUUGGGGCGGUGAUUUUGGGGUUGGCGGUUCGGAGGAGGGAGGCUAAGGGGAGGGUUUUGGGGAUGAGGAGGAGGAUGGGUGGGGAUUUGGAACCGUUGAGGUUUGCGGGUGCGUAG